AUGACUGUCAUUGAAACGGUUAAGAGUGCCGUCGGUCUCUCGGAGACUUCCGCAACACGCCAGGAGAUGUCGGAAGCCCGUCUUCCUAUGCAGUACAGAGAUUCAUGCGCACACCUGCUGAUUCCGUUGAAUCGAUGCCGACAAGCGGAGUACUACCUUCCCUGGAAGUGCGAGUCGGCUAAUGUCAUUCUCUUCUUUCCCCUCCAGAAUGAGCGACACUCAUACGAGAAGUGCCAGUACGAGGAGUUCAAGAAGCGUGUGGCCAAGAUGGACGAGCUGCGUGCCGCCAAGGAUGGCGCCCGGAGCAACUGA